UAACCGGUUUAAAGCAAUAAAAACUAGAUUCUUCCUAAUAUGUCGAUGUCUAUAUUUACGUGGCAUACCAACAGCCCGGCCGGCCGUUUCGUCGCUCGUCGAAUAAACCGGUUUAUUUUGGUUACAAUACAAUAAAGUUCUUAAAACGUUCGCGUUCUUGUAAAAGUUCAGAGGAAAACCGAUAUACUUAAACCGAUAUUUACCGGUAUUUUAUAAACCGGUUCCGAGCCUUGUGAUUUAGCCAUACAGCUUCUAUGUAGUGCUACAAUAACCAGCCCUAUUCAGUGUUACAGAACAACACAACAAUGGUUGCCGUAACGGCGCUUGUGCCUAGGUACUAUUUUUCCUUUCAGCCCACUUAGGUAAUCCGUGAAACAAUGGUAAUGUGUUUAAGCCCUAAAACACUUGGACUAUGACUACUAUUUCAAAGAAACAAACGCCGUCAUGCGAACUAGUUGGCUCUGAAAAUAAAUAUUCUAAUAAAAAGGAAAAUAAUUAAUUUUAAUAUUAAAUCGUAUCGGAAACGUCAAUAUGAAAGUGGCAGUGAUAUUUAUCAUUGUUGCCCCUGGCCUGAGCUUGCAGCACCGACACAGUGACAGUGGCAGCAGCGAGAUAGAUGACUCACGACAGUCCCAAGAAUACGACUCCGAACAGUCCCCCUACUCUUAUCGCACUGACAAACGCAAACAGAAAACGCGAUACGAAGUCCAACCAGGUUCAGCCGAACUGGAAUCCUCCAACAAAAAAUAUAUCAAGCACUCUUCAAAACAUUCCCGUCGACGUUCCAAAAAGCACACAAAAGAUGAAAAUUGCGAUAGCAAUGAGGGCGAUCAGCCAGAAACUAACCACGCCGAACAGUCAGGACUGGGUCCUGGAAAUUUAGUGUUUGUGCCAUACCCUUACCCUUUAGUGGUUCCACCACCAGUACCGGUGGUACCUGACCCAACUACUACUCUCACUGUUUCUACAACUUCCACGGCUCCAUCAAUAAUCCCCGAUACUAGGACAUUAAAUAACCAGAAAAUUACAGAAAUCGCAGAUAAAGAAAGUUAUUGGGAUCUGCUACGAACCUUAAAACGUAGACAGGAAUUGCCUUACGGCAGAAAUGAUGCUAGGCCUAUGAGACGAUUUUUAUUAGAUCGACUGCUUUCGCAUGUGAGGAAUGUGAAAGAUAUCAACUCUGUAUAGCAUAAACUUCAAAAUCACAAGAAUGAAACAUGCCUAUAGGAAAUAAUGUAACUGAGAAGAGAAGCCGCCGUGAAGAAACGAUCGAACUGACCUAUACAUUGCGAAUAUUAAAAAAAAGAUGUUCCGACUAAUUUAGCAUUACUAGGUACCUAACGUACCGUGCUUUCUGCAGUAUUUGUAGAAACUAUACACACCAAUGAAAGAAUUCCUAUUACAUUUAAUACGUUUUAUAACUA